AUGAAAAAUUGUCCAGAUGACGAAGAUCCAUGUUUCUAUAAAGCAUUUGUCGAAAAUAUAUGUGAUUCAUUUUACGAAAAUUGUGAUUUGAUUGAUUUUUUUCGGCUGUUACCAGACCUUUUUGAUAAAUUCAUUGAACCCAUACAAGAAGGAAGAGCAACAAAAAAUGAUAUCUCUCUAUUGUGUAAUGAAUUAAAGUCACAUUUCAAUGAUGUAUUGGAUAAAUUAUAUUUGCAGAAUAUAUCAGCUGCUAAUUUUGAGGAUCAACUACCCCAAUGGUCGCUAUAUUUGUUAAUUGCAACAUUCUUAGGCUCGUACAUUCCACAAAACCUUGAUCAGCGUUACUUCGCAACAAAAGCAUUUGAGAAGCCGAGGUUGUCAAGAACACCAAAAAAGCAAAAGCUAUCACAUGAUAGCCCUGGAAAGCUUCCACAACAAUUAAAAGGACCCCAAUCAUUUGAACUAGAACGCGUUUUGGCUAUUUUUCAAAGUAUAUAUUAUAAUCACAGAAACAUUCAAACUAUUGAUAUGCACCAACAGAUUGAAUCGUUUGUUGCACACCAUCUUAUUGUUUGUACAGUUCCGUACGAUCGCCUGGGAAGCCGUGCAUAUCGAUGUAAUGUAAAUUACAAUUGCGUCAAACAAAUUUCCCGAGAUAUAGAUUUUGAUAUAUCAAAGUACUUAGAUGAGUUUUGGUGA